AUGAAGGUCGAAGAGGUGGUGAGCAUCAAAUCCAUCUUCGACGCUUGUGACGAUGGCAACGGGACCUUGGAUAUUGGAGACGAGUUUCAACACGUGGCGACGGAGAUCAUCGCAUCGCAGCUGGGAAACACCACGCAGGCCCGUGAGCGUGUUCUGCAACUCUGUGAAAGGAGCUUUGCCAUGAUCGACUCCGAUGGUUCAGGUACAGUGGACUUUGAAGAAUUCAUCAGGUGGUAUGCUUCCCGAAGCUUCAGCACAAGCCUCCUCUUGACGGAUGCUGAACGUGGUAUGCGUGAGUUGGCCAAGCGUUGUGGAGUGAAUGCCAACACACUGGACAAGGUGAAGGAGUACUUCGAUGCUGUGGACACUGAUGGUUCAGGAAAUAUCCAAUUUGAAGAGUUUUCGGUGGUUCUUCCCCGGAUGCUGCAGCUGCCAUGCGGCUUUGAGCUGCCAGAGAGCCGAAUCCGGUACUUUUGGUCCGAGGCAAAUCUGCAGAAGCGGGUUCGACUCUCUGAAGACAUGCCUAAAGGUGUGGACUUUUAUGAUGUCCUGGGCGUUGACAAGCUGGCCACGCAAGAUGAGAUUCGCUCAGCCUACAAGCGCCUGAUCAGAGAGACACAUCCAGAUGUGAAUCCCUCAUCUGAUGCAGCAGACAGGUUCAUUCAAGCCCAGGAAGCCUUCAGGUGGCUCUCGGACCCCCAACAGCGGGAGGUCUAUGAUGGCGUCGGCGGCAAGUUCGGUGAAGAUGCGCUCUAUGACUAUUCGGACGAGCCAAUCCUGGGAAGCCUCACUGAGAUCCAAGAGAUCGAGGAGCUCACGGCUGCGAUCGACCUGGUGAACCAGUGCCGUAGAGAGAUCACAACGAGAGGUGAAGUGAAAAUCAAGCACCACAUCUCGGACAUUCGGCAAAGGUUUAGGGUCUACGGUGCUGAGCGCAUGAAAUACGUCCGGAACUUCUUCAACCAACGUCUCAAGAAGAUCUUGGGAUACCCCAAACUCAUCAGGCGCCUUCAUCCCUUUGAGCGACUCAGUGUAGAGCUGGCCUUGACACACCAUUGGAACAAGACUGGAGUGGCCUUCGGCCAUGCCUUGGCUUGUCUGAAGGAGCUUCGUUUGCAGAUCCAUGAGAUCGGCACGCACCGGGCUAACGCCUGCAUGGUGGCUGAUGUCCUCAGCAAAACGACAGGGAGGGCGCAAAGGCUUGGCAUGUUGUUGUGGUUUGGUGAUAAUUGUUCUUUGGAAGGAUGUUCGCAGCUAUGUAACAGUACAGAGAGAAAAAACAGUGUUGAUUGGAACUGCAGGAAUUUAGCCCCCAGUUCCUUGUCACACCUCUCCUUCUUUUUGAUUGACAGUUGGCGAAAAGUUGGGCUUUGCAGCUGCAAUCCUGAGGCCGAGCGUGGCCGAUUGGCCACCUUCAUUGCUGAUGAGGGCAUUGAGGAAAUCUUCGAUCUGGUGACGGAUUGGGAACCAGUCUUCCAGCAGUUCAUCGGUUGCCAACGGGCCGUUUUCAGAUCCCCGUCCAUUGACUUGGACAAGCCAACCGUGGUCUUUAUCGGGGCUCCAAAUGUGGGUAAGUCGUCCUUGGUGCGGUCAAUCUCCACCGGCAGACCCGAGGUCAGUGACUACUUGUACACCACAAAGGAACUCACCAUCGGGCAUCUUUGGCACUUCAUUGCAGGCACCCCGUUGCUCAUUCAUGGUCAGAUCGUGGACUCCCCUGGCCUGAAAUUUGGUCCAGGUGGAGACCACAAUUUGAUGGACAAGCUCACCAUAGGUUCCAUGGAGAACUUGCCCACUGGAGUGGUCUUCGUCUUCGAUCCUUAUCCAUACACUCACGGGCUUUUGGAUGUCGACGCGCAAGUGAAGCUGCGUGAUUCUUUGAGGGCCCGAUUCCCUCGUCGGCCAUGGUUGGAUGUCAUCACCAAGAUCGAUCGGACUGAAGAAGAGGUGAAGGAAAACAUCGAGCGCCUGAUGACGCUCUAUCCCGAUGCUCUUCAGGUGAGCGCAUUUGAUGGGACUGGCCUGGAUGAUCUGAACAUGGAGGUUCGAGGAUUGCUGGAAGAGAUGACCAAGGUGGUGCGCCAACUCCAGCGCACAAAGAUCCGGCAGCUGCGGAUGGGAGACGUGGAAACUGCUGUCAACAAGGAGGCUAACCAUUGUGGCUAG